UCGAUUGUCACAUAUAUUUGUAGACUAUAAAUCAAGAGAGAGAGAGAGAGAGAGAGCGAGAGAGACAAAGAGAGACGAAGAGAGAUGGGGUUGGGCUUAUUAGCUCUCAGAGCUUCGAGGACCUCAGCACUGAAUCGCCUGCCAAGGGCUUUCGCAUCUCAAAACCCUAGCAGCAAUGCUAUCAUCAGAGGGAUCGUUUCGACUACGGAGCUUCAAAACCCAGAAGCCGCAGCUGCGCAGCCUGAACCAGCACCAGAGCUUCCUCCUCGCAAACCAUUGGCUGGAGCUAGGGUUCAUUUCACCAAACCCGACGAUGCAAUCGAGGUCUUUGUCGAUGGCUACCCCGUGAAGGUCCCUAAAGGGAUGACGGUCUUACAGGCCUGCGAGAUCGCCGGUGUCGACAUUCCUCGUUUCUGUUACCAUAGUCGCCUUUCCGUCGCAGGCAAUUGUCGUAUGUGCUUGGUCGAGGUCGAAAAAUCGCCCAAGCCUGUUGCUUCUUGUGCCAUGCCUGCCCUUCCAGGGAUGAAAAUUAAGACUGAUACACCUAUUGCGAAGAAGGCACGCGAAGGGGUUAUGGAGUUUUUGCUGAUGAAUCAUCCAUUAGAUUGUCCGAUUUGCGAUCAGGGUGGAGAAUGCGAUCUGCAGGACCAGUCAAUGGCUUUUGGAUCCGAUCGGGGCCGCUUUACCGAAAUGAAGAGAUCAGUGGUUGAUAAGAAUCUCGGCCCCUUGGUGAAGACUGUGAUGACUCGAUGUAUCCAGUGUACAAGAUGUGUCAGAUUUGCUACCGAGGUUGCUGGAGUUCAGGAUCUUGGCAUGUUAGGUCGUGGGAGCGGAGAAGAAAUUGGGACUUAUGUUGAAAAACUUAUGACAAGUGAGCUUUCUGGAAAUGUGAUAGAUAUAUGCCCUGUGGGUGCUCUGACUUCAAAGCCAUUUGCUUUUAAAGCUCGAAAUUGGGAGUUAAAGGGCACAGAGAGUAUAGAUGUUACAGAUGCGGUUGGGUCCAACAUUAGGAUUGAUAGUAGGGGUCCAGAGGUCAUGAGAAUCCUCCCACGGUUGAAUGAGGAUAUUAAUGAGGAAUGGAUUUCAGAUAAAACACGUUUCUGUUAUGAUGGGCUGAAAAGACAGAGGCUAAAUGACCCUAUGAUUCGUGGCCCAGAUGGACGCUUUAAGGCAGUAACCUGGCGCGAUGCCCUUGCUGUGGUUGCUGAGGUUCUCCACCAAGUUAAACCUGAGGAAAUUGUUGGAGUUGCUGGUAAGCUGUCAGAUGCAGAGUCCAUGAUGGCACUGAAAGACCUCUUGAACAGGAUGGGAUCAAACAACAUAUGGUGUGAAGGAAAUGGGUUGAAUCCUCAGGCUGAUCUGCGGUCAGCAUUCCUUCUAAAUAGUAGCAUCUCUGGCCUUGAGAAGGCAGAUGUUUUCCUUUUGGUUGGCACCCAGCCAAGGGUUGAAGCUGCUAUGGUGAAUGCGAGAAUUCGCAAGACUGUGCGUGCAACCCAAGCCAAGGUGGGCUACAUUGGUCCUCCAACUGAUUUGAACUAUGAUCACAAGCAUCUUGGCACAGGCCCUCAAACACUUCUUGAAAUUGCGGAGGGUCGACAUCCAUUUUGCUCGGCACUCUUGCAUGCCAAAAAUCCUGCCGUCAUUGUUGGUUCUGGGCUCUUUGAACGCAAGGACAAAGAUGCAAUACUAUCUGCUGUUGAAACCAUUGCUAAGCUUGGAAAGGUGGUUAAACCUGACUCGAAUGGCCUCAAUGUUCUGCUUCUCAAUGCUGCCCAAGCUGCAGCUCUAGAUCUUGGGCUUGUUCCAGAAUCUGGCAACAGCAUUGAGUCUGCAAAGUUUUUGUAUUUGAUGGGUGCUGAUGAUGUGGACAUGGACAAGGUCCCAGGUGAUGCUUUUGUGGUGUAUCAAGGGCACCAUGGUGACCGCAGUGUCUAUCGAGCCAACGUCAUACUCCCAGCAUCAGCAUUCAGUGAGAAAGAAGGGACAUAUGAAAAUACUGAAGGAUGCAGUCAAGAGACAUUGCCUGCAGUCCCAAUAGUUGGAGAUGCUAGGGAUGAUUGGAAAAUAAUUAGGGCUAUUUCAGAAGUGGCUGGAAUACGGCUACCAUAUGAUACACUUGGGGCUGUCAGGUCCCGGAUCAGGUCUGUGGCACCAAACCUGUUGCACCUGGACGAAAGAGAACCUCCCACAAUUUCCAGUGCAGUGAAGCCCCAGUUUAGCCAGAGGGUGAGUAUAGCACCAUUUGGAUCAGCUGUAGAAAAUUUCUACAUGACAGAUUCAAUAACUCGGGCAUCAAAGAUAAUGGCACAGUGCACAGCCCAACUGUUGAAGUGAGAGCAUUUGAUAGGUAUUACCUUAAUAAGGGUAUAUAUUUUGUUUUAUUGCCCUUGGGAUCUUUCUAUCCCAGUGUGGGGAGUCAUUCACAAACAAAUUAUAUUUGCAGUGCCAUAAUGGACUUGUACUCAUAAAUGGCAAUUUCACUUAUGUUCAUUGCGACUCUUGUAACUUAAGUGUUAGGCUACCUGUUAAGCUUUUAUCUAUUUCCUACUCUUGGCCGUUUUUGGUUGAGAACAGAUUCUUGAGAAACAAUAUCACUUUUGGGUCUACAGCUGGGUGUUCUGUUGCUUGAGGUGGAUUA